GUACAAGCAGCAAUAGAGCUCGGUGAAGGAAGGAAGUGGUGUAGAUAGCAGCAAUGGCGGUGCAAGCCGUGCAUCUGGAGGGGGAUGCUUUCCUUGUGUGUGUGGCCCAUUCCCUGAGCACGGAGAGAGAGGAGGUGAUGGGACUCUGUAUAGGAGAGGUGGACAUUCAGAGAGUUGUACAUAUCCACUCGGUCAUCAUCUUACGACGAUCAGACAAGAGGAAAGAUCGAGUGGAAAUUUCUCCUGAGCAGCUGUCGGCAGCCACAAUAGAAGCCGAUAGACUUACAGAAAUCACGGGUCGCCCCAUGCGGGUGGUUGGAUGGUAUCACUCCCACCCGCACAUCACCGUCUGGCCCUCUCAUGUCGAUGUGCGUACCCAGGCCAUGUAUCAGAUGAUGGAUGUCGGAUUUGUUGGACUGAUAUUCUCCUGCUUUAUAGAAGAUAAAAAUACAAAGACAGGACGUAUUUUAUAUACCUGUUUCCAGUCAGUCCAAGCACAGAAGAGCACUGAGUACGAGAGAAUAGAGAUUCCACUCCAUGUGGUUCCACAAGAAACAAUCCGGAAAGUAUGUCUGGAGUCGGCUGUGGAACUUCCCAGAAUCCUUUGCCAGGAAGAGCAAGAUGCCUAUCGUAGAAUACACAGUCUUGGACAUCUAGAUUCCGUCACAAAGAUUCACAAUGGAUCUGUUUUUACUAAGAACUUAUGUGGCCAAAUGUCUGCGAUUAGUGGCCCGCUCCUACAAUGGCUGGAAGAUCGCUUACAACAGAAUCACCAGCGGGCCCUGGAGCUAGAGCAGGAAAAAGAAAAGUUGAUGCAGGAGUUGGAAAGCUUAGAAAGUGACUGAACGUGGUUUGUUAUUUUAUUUUAGUCCCUUUUCUUUCUAUUAAUUAUAUUUUUUUGAAUGUUGUUUUAAUUCAGUUAAAUGUCUGUAUAGCUUUUUCCAUAUCGCACAGAAGAGUAAAUGUCUUGCCCC